AAAGAAAGAAAGAAAAAAAGAGGCGCUACCCUGAGUUCCCGGGAGGCUUCUGAAAGCUUCCACUAGAGAAGAGCUCGUCUCUUAAAAUUUCUUAAACUGCAAGAAGCGGAGGACCCGGGCGAGGACUCCAGGGGCAAGGUGGCGAACAAGAGUAGGGCGCGCCGGGCCCCAGCGGUCCCCCGUAGGUUGCAGACACGGCGGACUCUCGGCGGCUUCUGAGCACGGAGGGAGCUGUCGCGGGGUCGGGAGGCAUCCCCUCAUCCCUGUCUCCCCAUCUUCCGACGGCCGGCGGGGCCAUGUCCAGAGGCCCGAGCUCCGCAGUUCUGCCGAGCGCCCUGGGAUCCCGGAAGCUCGCCCCCCGGAGCCUCAGCUGCCUGUCGGACCUGGACAGCAACGUGGCUCUGGAGCCGCCGCACUGUAGGCCCCCGGGGAGCCCGGGCCGCGCGCCGCCACCCACGCCGGCGCCGUCGGGCUGCGACCCCCGCCUGCGGCCCAUCAUCCUGCGGCGAGCGCGCUCGCUGCCCAGCUCCCCCGAGCGCCGACAGAAGGCCGCGGGCGCGCCGGGCGCUGGGUGUCGGCCGGGCUGCAGCCGGCAGCUCCGCGUGCGCUUCGCUGACGCCCUGGGCUUGGAGCUGGCGCAGGUGAAGGUGUUCAACGCGGGAGACGACCCGUCGGUGCCGCUGCACGUGCUGUCGCGGCUUGCCAUCAACUCGGACCUGUGCUGCAGCAGCCAAGACCUGGAGUUCACCCUGCAGUGUCUGGUGCCCGAUUUCCCGCCGCCCGUCGAGGCCGCCGACUUUGGCGAGCGCCUGCGGCGGCAGCUGGUGUGCCUGGAGCGUGUCACUUGCUCGGACCUUGGCAUCAGCGGUACGGUGCGCGUGUGCAACGUGGCCUUCGAGAAGCAGGUGGCGGUGCGCUACACUUUCUCGGGCUGGCGCAGCACCCACGAGGCGGUGGCGAGGUGGCGCGGGCCCGCGGGGACUGAGGGCGCAGAGGACGUCUUCACCUUCGGCUUCCCGGUGCCUCCCUUCCUGCUGGAGCUCGGCUCCCUCGUGCACUUCGCUGUGCGCUACCAAGUGGCUGGUGCCGAGUACUGGGACAACAACGGUGGCCAAGACUACAGCCUCACGUGUCGCAACCACGCGCUGCACAUGCCUCGCGGGGAGUGUGAAGGGAGCUGGAUCCACUUCAUCUGAGCCGCGAGGGGCCACAGCCUGGAGCCUCCACACUUAAGCAACGCCUGCUGUCAUUCAUUUCCCUGCUGGGCCCUCACAUCUAUCUGGUUGUUCUUCGCCACCCUGCAAGUUCUCUGACCUCAUUUUCUGCUGCGAGGUCCCCCGGCAGAGGCCCAUCCUGUCUUCUGCUUGAAAUGUCUGAGUCACUUGGUCUAAAAAGCAGCCUCAGGUGGCCGGAAGGCCGAGUUGACUUGUGUAAUGAGUUGGGGCACGGUGGUGGGGUAGGUGCAUGGGAGGGUGGGCCCUCUGGGGAGGCCCAAGCAGCUUGUUUUGGAAAGGCCCCCUCCUGCUAGGAAGAGCUUUUGCAUGUGUCCUGAAUGUGUCUCUGUAAACAUAGCUGUUAUUUAUUAUUGUGAUGUUGGGACCUUUAGCUCAUAGCGAAUGCCUCCUCAGGAAUAUUCUCGAUUUAAUAAGCUAAAAAAAAGGUCUGUUGUGUGUUUGUGCCCACAGUAAACAAUGUACAGUGUGACCCACAUCAUGGUCCCUCCAGGCAUUCCUGCCCCACGACAAGGAAAACCUGAGACCACAUCUGCUUGCCAAUGGGCUGUAGCCUUCUAACAGUGGGAAACUAUUAAUAGGCAAGAAAUUAUCAGUCAUCACACAACCAUUCCUGGGCACUGAGACAGCCCUGGUGGGGCUGUGUGUCUCUUAGGUUAACAGCUGGGGAGGAGGGGAAAAGCUUCAAACUUAAACUAGCAAAACAGUUCUUUCUCUGCAGUCACAAUUCUGAUUUCAUGUAUUUCUCUGUUCAGGCCAUUCUGUUUAAGUCUGAAACUUCCUAAACGUUUUAAGAAGUCUUGCCUUCGUUUUUUCAAUUUUCAGGUGACUAGAGAAUUUUAGGCAACAGUGCCCUUUUUGACCAUUAAGGUGAUUACCUUUUUGACCAUUAAGGUGACUCUUUUUAUUUCUUGUUAAGCAUCAGAGGAUGUCAGUAUUUAUCUUUUGGGAAUCCAGUUAGAAGGUGGAACUAGAAGGUGUUUUCAGCAAUAGCCAGAGCACUAGAGAAAAAUAAUUGAUAAAUAUUUAUACUUGUAAAUUGUUUGGAGCUGUAUUUACAUAUGUCAUGUUUUAUCAGGUACCCACAAACUUUAUACUUUGUGCCUUCAAAUAGGGUUUCUAACAUGUUCUAGAUUUGUCAGUUUUAAAAUAUUAAAUUCUUUUUUGUUUUAAACCUUCAGCCAAGAAGUCAAGACCACUGUCCCCUCCUGGGUUAGGCAAUCGCUUAAAACUCCAAAGAACUCCAGGCUGAUGGUUCUUUUGGUGCUGAACAGUGGUCUCUCUGAUUACAGGUGCUAGAACUAAGGUGUGAAAAAAAAAAAAGCCAAGAAGGAUCAGAUCUCCAGUUUGUGAAGUGUGUUUGUGAUACAGUUGAAACCAGUGUGAUCAAUUUUAUGAUACUGUCACCAGGGAAUUAAUUCUAAACUUUUGAAUGCUUGUUGGCAUCUGUCAAAUCAAUACCGAAAGGACACAUUUUGCCCUUUACCAAUUUGGUUUUGAUAAUUGCAACCUUUGUGCUUGUCUAGUUCAAAGAACUGGGAUCGCUUUCUUUGGUAUCUUUUGAUCUAAGAACACUGAAUUUUGACUUCUCUACUAAAAAUACAAAAAAUUAGCUGGGCACAGUGGCGUGUGCCUGUAAUCCCAGCUACUCGGGAGGCUGAGGCAGGAGAAUUGCCUGAACCCAGGAGGCGGAGGUUGCGGUGAGCCGAGAUUGCGCCAUUGCACUCCAGCCUGGGUUACAAGAGCAAAACUCCGUCUCAAAAAAAAAAAAAAAAAAAAAAAAUACUGUGACUAAAUUGCAGUCUCUGGCCAUUAGCACUGUUCACUACAUUGGCAUGCAAGAGAGAGAAAAUCCUGGUUACAUUUCCUGCUAUUUAACCAACUGUCCAAUUAGGUCAGCAAGCCUGUUCAGGGCCUUGGCUGUUAAGCCCCUGGCCCUGCAAAAGAGAGCAAUACAAUUAUCCAGAGAAUUUAGGUAUGAGAGCUGCCAGAUUUAUGUUACUUAAAGACAUGUAGAGAAUCUCAUAAUCUAUGUGUUCAGGUCAUGAAAUAUAAAGUAAAUGUUAUAUCUUUGGUAUUAAGUUAACCUCAAUGUGCCUUUUAAAAGAUAUCAACAUUAGGAAAUUUAAAAGCUUAAAUGUACUUGCCUAGUUAAUAAAGAUGCUGUGGAACAACUGAAGGAGAACUUUCAGACCCUAAAACAUUUAUAUUGCUUAGAUAUUAACAUUUUCUGGUGGACUGUGCAAUUGCUGGAUUGUCUCCCCACAUAUAUUUUAUUAUUUAAAAUGAUUUUACCCAUGCGUAAGUAUUAAAGUAUAUGUGUGAAAACAGCUGUGGGCCAUUCUAUUAUGCUAGAGUAUGUUUUUCUUGUGGCCUAAUGACAGAAGACCAAGCUUUAGAAACUUCUUGUUUAAAUAAUUUCACGUCUUAUCCUUUCUACAACACUUAUAAAUGUAGAGCAUUGGCAAAAAUAAAUAAAUUUUGUCAUUGUGCUGCAGCUUCA